ACGGGCGAGUUUCGGCGCCAUUUUCAACUGAGAAGCGCUUUCUACGGGCUUGCAGAAAGUUGCGGGAAGUUUUUCAAAGAAGGCUUGCUUUAUUAUUUUAUGUUUCGACUUUUUGGUGAUCUGUUCGCCAAGGUCUUUGGGAUUAGUGCGCGUGCUGUGUGGAUUAUCAGAAAUAUAAAGAUAUUUUUUUAACGCUGAAGGAUCAAAGGUUUUAAACUAUGCCAUCCAAAACGACCAAAGUGUCGGCCGCGAAGCCACGGGGGAAAGGGUCGCAGCCCCGGGAUGACUCGGAUGAGGAGUUGGACUUACCCCCUAAAGAAGUGAACUCCAAUGGUCAAGAGGCACCCAUCACCAAUGAUGGGGGUCCCGGGGAACCAGCCGCGGAGGUGGUGGAUGAGCGAAGUUUGGAGGAGAUUCUCGGUAGCAUCCCCCCUCCCCCGCCCCCGGCGAUGACCAAUGAACCAGGGGCUCCUCGCCUCAUGAUAACGCAUAUUGUUAAUAGGAAUUUUAAGUCCUACGCAGGCGAGCAGAUCCUUGGGCCUUUUCACAAGCGCUUCUCCUGCAUCAUUGGGCCAAAUGGCAGUGGAAAGUCCAAUGUCAUCGACUCCAUGCUCUUUGUGUUUGGAUACAGGGCCCAAAAAAUCAGGUCCAAAAAGCUCUCUGUGCUGCUUCACAGCUCAGACAAGCAUAAAGAUGUGCAGAGCUGCACAGUGGAGGUGCACUUCCAAAAAAUUAUUGACAAGGAAGGGGAUGACUUCGAAGUUAUCCCCAACAGCAAGUUCUGUGUUGCCAGAACUGCUGGCAAAGACAAUUCCUCCACGUACCACAUCAAUGGCAAGAAGGCUACCUUCAAGGACGUGGGCAUUUUGCUGCGUAGCCAUGGAAUUGAUCUGGACCACAACAGGUUUUUGAUCUUGCAGGGCGAGGUGGAGCAGAUUGCCAUGAUGAAGCCCAAGGGCCAGACGGAGCACGACGAGGGCAUGCUGGAGUACCUGGAGGACAUCAUCGGCUCCUGCCGCCUCAAGCAGCCCAUCCACACCCUCUGCCAGCGCGUGGAGCUGCUCAACGAGCAGAGGGGCGAGAAGUUGAAUCGUGUGAAGAUGCUGGAGAAGGAGAAAAAUGCUCUGGAGGGGGAGAAGAACACGGCCGUGGAGUUCCUGAUGCUGGAGAACGACAUCUUCCGCAAGAGGAGCCAGCUCUGCCAGUAUUACAUCCAUGACCUGCAGAAGCGUGUCUCAGAGAAGGAGACGGAGAAACAGCAGAUCGAAGAAGGCAACAAGGAGCUAACGGAGCGUCAGGAAAAACUGUCAGAGGACAUCAAGAAGAAGGAGGAAGACAAGAAAAGUGUGGAGAAGAAGCUGGGCAAAGUGAACAAGUACAUCCAGAGCCAGAAGGAGAAGUUCACCCAACUGGACCUGCAGGACGUGGAGGUGCGCGAGAAGCUCAAACACAGCAAGAGCAAGACCAAGAAGCUCGAGAAGCAACUCCAGAAAGAUAAAGAGAAGCUGGAGGAGGUGCGCAACAUCCCGGCCAGCAGUGAGAAGGUGAUCUCGGAGGCCUCUGAUAAGAAGGAGCUCCUGGAGGCCCAGAAGGAGGCGGAGGAGGCCAAGCUGGCCAAGGUCAUGGAGAGCCUCAAGGAGGAGACCAAGGGCCUGCAGCAGGAGAAGGAGACAAAGGAGAAGGAGCUGAUGGAGAUGAGCAAGGAGGUGAACGAGACUCGCUCGCACAUGGACGUGGCCCAGUCGGAGCUGGACAUCUACCUGAGCCAGCACAAGACGCUGGUGACGCAGCUCAACCAGGCCAAGGAGAAGCUGCAGAGCACCGCUGACACCCUGAAGGAGCGCCGCACCGCCAUCAAGGACCUGGAGGUCAAGAUCCCACAGUGCCAGGAGAAGCUCAACAAGGAUGAGGCUGAGCUGGAGAAGGUGAGCCAGGCGGACGGGCAGGCGCAGACUGUGGUGCGGGACCUGAGGCAGAAGGUGGAGGAGGCCAAGAGCUCGCUCUCCUCCAACCGCAGCAGAGGCAAGGUGCUGGAGGCCCUCAUGCAGCAGAAGAGGAGCGGCAAGAUCCCCGGCAUCCUCGGACGCCUGGGAGACCUGGGUGCCAUUGAUGAGAAGUACGACAUUGCCAUCUCGUCCUGCUGCGGUGCCCUGGACAACAUCCUCGUGGACACCAUCGACACGGCCCAGAAGUGCGUCACCUUCCUCAAGGCCCAGAACAUCGGAGUGGCCACCUUCAUCGGCCUGGACAAAAUGAAGGUGUGGGAGAGCAAGAUGGGCUCCAUCAGGACCCCGGACAACAUCCCGCGCCUGUUUGACAUGGUGAUGGUGAACGACGAGGCGGUGAAGCCGGCCUUCUACUUCGCCCUGCGUGACACGCUGGUGGCCAAGGACCUGGAGCAGGCUACCAAGGUGGCCUUCCAAAAGGACAAGCGCUGGAGGGUCGUCAGCCUGCAGGGGCAGAUCAUCGAGAUGGCCGGUACCAUGACUGGUGGUGGCAGCCGCGUGAUGAAGGGCAAAAUGGGCUCCUCCAUUGGCGCCGAGAUCAGCCAGAAGGAGCUGGACCAGAUGGAGGGCCGUCUGCGUGAGCAGCUGAGCCAGUCUCAGGGCUGGCACCAGCAGAGGCAGCAGCUGGAGGAGAGCGUGCACCGCCUCAGACAGGAGCUCCGAGACAUGAAGAACACGCUGGAGAAAUACACCGCCAGCAUGCAGGGUCUAGCGGAGCAGGAGGUGCUGAUGAAGUCCCAGAUCAAGCAGCUGGAGGCCAGCGUGAUCGCGGCCACCCCGGACAAGGCCAAGCAGAAGCAGAUGGAGAAGAGCCUGGAGGCCUUCAAGAAGGACUACGACGCCGCCUCCAGCAAGGCCGGCAAGGUGGAGGCUGAGGUCAAGAGGCUGCACAAGCUCAUUGUGGACAUCAACAGCCACAAGCUCAAGGCCCAGCAGGACAAAGUGGACAAGGUCAACAAGGACCUGGACGACUGCACCACCGCCAUCACCAAGGCCCAGGUGGCCAUCAAGAGCGCCGGACGUAACCUGAAGAAGUGUGAGGAUGCGGUGGCGAAGGUGGAGCAGGAGAUGGUGGAGAAUGCCAAGGCCCUGGAGGAGCUGGCGGAGCAGCUCAAGCAGCUGGAGGAGCAGGCCGGGGAGAUCCUCAAGACCUGCCAGGAGGCCGAGGAGGCGCUGCCUGAGGUCCAAGAGCAGCACAAGGUCGUAUUGGAGGAAAUUAAAGAGCUGCAGGAGCAGAAGCACAACCUCAACAAGGAAUCGGUCAACGUCAAAUUCCGAGUCGACCAGAUCAAUGAGGCCAUCGUCGACCACAACCGCAAAAUUAAGCACUACGAAAAAGAGGGUGCUCAGCUGUCCCUGCAUGCUAUUGAUGACAAGCCUGCUGAGGCUCUUCCCACCCUGAGUGCCGAGGAGCUGGGAGCCAUCCACAGCUCUGAGACCCUCACCAACGAGAUCGCCCUGCUGGAGGACAACUGCGCCAAGAAGAAGCCCAACCUGGGAGCCAUCGCUGAAUUCAAGAAAAAGGAGGACCUGUACCUACAGAGGGUGGCCGAGCUCGACGACAUCACCACGCAGAGGGACAACUUCAAGCGCGGCUACGAGGACCUUCGAAAGCAGCGCCUACACGAGUUCAUGGCCGGCUUCAACAUCAUCACCAACAAGCUGAAGGAGAACUACCAGAUGCUGACACAAGGGGGCGACGCAGAGCUGGAGCUUGUCGACAGCCUGGACCCCUUCUCUGAAGGCAUCAACUUCAGUGUGCGACCGCCUAAGAAGAGCUGGAAGAAGAUCUACAACCUGUCCGGAGGGGAGAAGACCCUGAGCUCUCUGGCGCUGGUGUUCGCCCUGCACCACUUCAAGCCCACGCCACUCUACUUCAUGGACGAGAUUGAUGCCGCCCUCGACUUCAAGAACGUCUCCAUCGUAGCCUGCUACAUCUACGAGCAAACCAAGAACGCCCAAUUCAUUAUCAUCUCGCUGAGGAACAACAUGUUUGAAAUUGCCGACCGCCUGAUUGGCAUCUACAAGACGCACAACACCACCAAGAGUUGCCCCAUCAACCCCAAGACCAUCAGUCUCAAGGAGAUGGUGUCCUCCGCCUAAACCUGAUGCCACUCUAUAAUCUUGUCCCUAGCUCUUGUCUUGUCCUUUUUUAUGUCCGUCUGUCUCCUCCAGUUGUAAUUAUUCUCCUAUUUCUAUGUGGACUGUGGUUUUUAACUCAUUUUAUGAUUAUGCACAACAUCUAUUUUACACAUGACGCUGCUCUGUUUUUUAACUCAAAUAAAAGUUUAUUACAUUCUACAA